UCCCCUCUCUUUGCUAAGGACCAAUGGCGUGCCCCCUUGGGGCUGAUUGACAGCAUCACGUGGCCUCACUCCUGGGCAGCAAAGAGUAUAUCAGAGUGACCUGCAAUGAUGAGCUAGCUCAGAAGGAGAGAAAACCACCUGUUGUGAAAACCUUCUUAAUCCAUUUUUCAUUGAAAAGCAGCUCUUCUUCCCUCCUUCCUUCUGUGGCCAUGACGGCUUCUCCGCCCAGUGAGGCUCUGGUGGUCUUGUUUGGGGCAACCGCUGGUGCGUUGGGGGCUAAACUGGGGUCCGAUGAGCGGGAAGUAAUUCUCUUGGUGUGGCAAGUUGUGGAUCUACACAGCAAGAAGGUGGGGACCCUGCACAAAUGCCUGGUCAAAGCGGACAACCUGGAGCUGGCCGACCCAUGCCAGGAGGUCACAGGAUUAACCCCCGAAGGCCUGAGCAAAGCGGAGCCCCUGGACCGAGUGCUGUUGCAGUUCAGCCAGCUGGUAUCCAAUGAUCUGAAAACUCUGGGGAAAAGCUCUUACACCUUUUGCACAGAUGGACAGCUGCUCAUCCGGCAGGUUAUUCACCCUGAAGCUUCAAAAAAGAACCUCCUCCUGUCUGACUGCUUUUAUUCAUUUUAUGAUCUACGCAAAGAAUUCCACGAGUCCUGCCCAAAUUCAGCCCCCGUGAAGGACCAGACCAUCCAGUCUAUGGCAGAAUAUAUAGGCUAUGGCAUAGAUGAAACGGAGGAAGAUUUCGGAGUGUGGCAAGUGAAAGCCAUGGUGGCCAUUAUUUUCAGCAUGUUUCCAGGUUCCUGCGUUGCAAAUCACCUGUUUACAGCCCCUGAAACUGUGAAAUACAAUUACGAAACUGGACCCUGUAGUAAAUCCGAAACAGUGGACCGUGAAACAGUAAUACGAGCUCGAGGUCUCCCUUGGCAGUCUUCUGACCAGGAUAUUGCUCGUUUUUUCAAAGGCCUCAAUAUUGCCAAAGGUGGAGUGGCCCUGUGUCUGAAUGCCCAAGGAAGGAGAAACGGGGAGGCCUUGGUCCGGUUUGUCAACUCCGAACAGAGAGACUUAGCCCUGGAACGGCAUAAGCACCAUAUGGGGAGUAGAUACAUUGAGGUUUACAAAGCAACCGGAGAGGAAUUUCUAAAGAUUGCUGGAGGCACCUCCAACGAAGUAGCGCAGUUCCUCUCCAAGGAGAACCAAGUCAUCAUCCGGAUGCGGGGUCUUCCGUUCACGGCCACCCCUGAGGACGUCCUGGGCUUCCUGGGACCCGAGUGUCCGGUCACCGGAGAGAAAGAAGGGCUCCUCUUUGUCAAGUAUCCAGAUGGCCGGCCUACGGGCGAUGCCUUUGUCCUCUUUGCUUGCGAAGAGUUUGCACAGAACGCACUUAAGAAGCACAAGGAGAUCCUCGGAAAGCGUUACAUUGAGCUGUUCAGAAGCACGGCGGCAGAAGUCCAACAGGUCCUGAACAGAUACAUGUCCACCCCACUCAUCCCCACUCUCCCCACGCCCAUCAUUCCUGUGAUCCCACCGCCGUACACCAUUGCUGCUGGCAGCGCCAGGGACUGUGUCCGGCUCAGGGGUUUGCCUUACACGGCAGGGAUCGAUGACAUCCUGGAGUUCAUGGGAGACGCGACCGGGGACAUCAAGCCCCACGGAGUCCACAUGGUCCUGAACCAACAAGGCCGUCUGUCUGGAGACGCCUUCAUCCAGAUGAAAUCGUCUGACCGCGCUUACCUGGUUGCCCAGAAAUGUCACAAGAAGAUGAUGAAGGACCGUUACGUGGAAGUCUUCCAGUGUUCAGGAGAGGAGAUGAAUUUUGUUUUAAUGGGUGGCACUUUAAAUCGUAGUGGCUUGUCUCCGCCGCCAUGUAAGUUACCAUGCCUUUCUCCGCCAGGCUAUGCUGCUUUCCAGACGGCUGCAGCUGUGAUCCCAGCAGAUGCCACCUUAUACCAGUCGCAAGCGCUCCUUCCUCAGACUAGGACCCAGCAGGCCUCAGCCGCCGCUGCCGCUGCCGCCGCUGCUGCCGUCGCCUCUCCAGCUGUUGCUUACUACCCGACUCAGGCUGCUCAGCUUUAUAUGAACUACACAGCUUACUACCCCAGCCCUCCGGUGUCGCCAACCACAGUGGGGUACAUCGCAGCCCCUCAAGCGGCGGUUGCGGCCGCAGCCUCGGCUUCGCACACUCCGAUGCUGACCCAGCCGGGCGCUCUGGUCCGGAUGCAAGGGUUGCCUUACAAUGCCGGCAUGAAGGAGAUCCUCAGCUUCUUCCAAGGAUACCAGCUCCAUGCAGAUGCCAUCCUCCCGCUUUACAACUUCAGCGGCCAGCCCAGCGGAGAAGCCUUGGUCACUUUUCCCAGCCUGGACUCGGCCAGGAAAGCCGUGGCCGAGCGAAGCGGCUGCCUCUUGGGAAGCCACUGCGUGGAGCUCUGCCUGGUCUAGCCCCGGAAGCCCUUCGGCCGAGGAUUGGAACCAAGAGCCGGAUUCCAGUCUCUCGUGCCUCCAGAAUUAGCUCGAGAAGAGCCACGUCUUCCUCGCCAAAGUGCCUGCUGCCAAUACAAGGGCUAUUCAUCUUUACCAUUGGAGUGAAAUGGGACCAAACACCCAAGAGCCGAAUGUAUUCAUUCCCACGAAAACCGACCUAUUGAUUUGGAGACCGCAAACAGCCUUGCAGCAAUUGUCGCCUGACUGGAUUAUUUUUUAAUUUGUUUUAUUUUAUGUAACCAUUAGGAAAAGGGAGUAUGUCCGUCUCCUUUGAAACAAUUGUUUUAUUUUGGAAUUUGCCAAAAGAUAACCGCCUUUCCUCCGAAGAGGAUUUUCCUGAAAUGUUGCCCCGAUGGGUGUUUAUAUUUGCUUUCCGGAAAAUAGAAUCCAAAUGAAUUCAGCAAAUAAGUUUUUCAGGGUGUUUUAGUUUUUCUUGUGAUGUACAAGGCAAAUAACGAAGCAUAAAGCCAUAUCUGUUUCAUAGCAUUCAAGAUGCCAACUUGAAAACCCAACUCAAAGAAACUCAGAUUAUUUUUAGAAAAAAAGAAAUAUCUCUCACUAGAGACAAGAAUGGCACAUAAACCUUAAGGACUGGUAACUUAUAUGUUUUGUUUUAUUUAAGGCUCAUAGCUCUCGGAUAUUGUAUUAAAGCAUAUUUUGCUCUAGUUUAUGUGCAUGCCAUUUGUUUACAACCUUAAUACUUUAUUUGUAUAUUACGAAGCAAGAAAGAAAGAAAGAGAAGUGGAAAUCUCGACCUAUUAAUUAGUGCAUGUCUCUCUUUAUUUUUAAUGUGUAUGUAUAUACAUGUUCAGAGGAUAUAGUUUUUAUGUUGCAUAGUGUGGAAUAAGACGACUGUAGAAGCACUCGAUGAUUUGGGUUUUUACUGUGCCUUGAUCAGGACUUUUCCUCAAAAAGUGCAAUAACAGCAGAAGAAACUGGAAGGAGUCUCCAAAGUGCCUGUGUUUUGUGCAGGGAUUGCAUCCUUUUUUUUUGGCGCAAGGCCUACAACUCUUGAGUAGUACUUAAAAGGGAAUCAGACCCCGAAAUGAUGUUGAUGUAUGCUUCUUUAUAUGAUAAGAAAUAAAGGGAAAAAGUUGCUUGUAGAAAGAA